UAUCGUAUAUGAUCUGUCAGUCUCCCGACUCUCACACCCUCACACCCUCACACCCUCACACCCAACAAGAUCCCCAAAUCUAUGAAAAUUGAAAAGGUCCCUAACAUGACAUGAUUUCAAGAAACCAUAAGAACAUCAUAUAGGAUGAUGGGAAGCUGAAUAAAGGAUUUCCUCGGUUCGCUCAUCCAGCAUGUUAAAAGGAGGGUAUCUGGAUGUUAUGGGUUUCAACACGUCCAGGUUCAAAUAAACGGAAUAUGUUAGAUUUCACGUUGUUGCGGCGACAAGGAACCAAACUUCACAAGAGCAUGGAAUAUUGCCAAACAUUCUUUUACCGUGCAGUUGCUGUCAAACAUUUGAAAGUUUCUUACGGACGUUGAGUUCAGCUUUACAUAUAAACGCUUGACCAAACCUCUUCUCCUCUUCAAGACCUCAACACAACUUCAUAUCUCCGAACCCCACAUAAGAUGGCUCACCUCAAACUCGUUCUAACACUACUCCUCCUCAUCACCCUCUCCAUCGCCGUCACCCUCCGGCUCCUCCAAAUCCUCGCCCCGAGACGCCCACCCCCAAAAGCGCGCCCCUACCCUAACCCCCACCUAGCCCGCACCCCAGGCAUCAACACCCCCUACCACCGCCUUAAGCUCCUCGGCACCUUCAACCCGCAGCUUGCGAACCAAUACACCUACCUUCUCGUCGUCCUCGGCAGCGGGGGGCACACCGCGGAGAUGAUGGCGCUGCUUGAGAACCUCGACCGCGACGAUGGGUCCGGGAUCACCCAGUACACGCACCGCCGGUACGUGGUGAGCGAGGGGGACGAGGUGAGCGUGCGGCGAGCGAAGGCGUUCGAGGAGGAAUUCGCGGGUGCGUGCGAGCGGGAUGCAACGAGCCGCGAGACGCGAGGUGUUCCCGGUGGAAUGGCGAGUCGAGACCCAGGGACGAAUAACCAGCGGCCGAACUACGGGUCCUGGGACGUCGUGGUGGUGCCGCGGGCACGGAAGAUCCACCAGAGCCUAUGGACGGCGCCGAUGUCCUGCCUGCGGUGCCUGGUGGCGUGUCUGCGGCUGCUGAGCACGCCGCCGCCGGAUCCCAAAGGGCCGGGUAUGUGGCGGAUGAAGGCGACGGCGAGGGCGCGGCCGCGGAAGAUGAUGCCACGGUAUCCGAACCUGAUCCUCACGAACGGACCGGCGACGGCGACGGUCAUGGUGUUGGCGGCCACGGUGCUGCGGUUCUUUGAUUAUCGAGGUGCAAAUGAGGCGAACGCGUUGCGGACGAUCUACGUGGAGAGUUUCGCGAGGGUGAAGAAGUUGAGCUUGAGUGGGAGGAUAUUGUUGCCGCUGGUGGAUCGCUUUCUGGUGCAGUGGAUGGAGUUGGUGACGCCGGGGAGUCGGACGGAGUAUGUGGGCAUCUGCGUAUGGUAGAGCAGAGGGAAACCACGUCGGUCUGGGUAUCGAUGAUGAUCAUAAGAAUGCUUCCUUCGCUUUCACUGUACAGG